GAACAAGCAGUAUAAUUCCCAGAGUUUGAUUGAUCAAAAUCCCCCCCAGGGCUCAGAAGGCGACUGUCUUCCAGUGGUCCUAGAUGCUCUGAAUGAGAUUGCUUUCCAUCCCAAGUUUCUUGCUUCACGAGUUGAGAAAGAAAGACGUGCAAUACUGUCAGAGCUACAAAUGAUGAAUACUAUAGAAUACCGUGUCGACUGCCAAUUGUUACAACACUUGCAUUCUGAGAACAAGCUGAGCAAAAGAUUCCCAAUUGGGCUGGAAGAGCAGAUCAAGAAAUGGGAUGCUGAUAAAAUUAGAAAAUUUCAUGAACGUUGGUAUUUUCCAGCAAAUGCGACGUUAUACAUUGUGGGAGAUAUAGAUAACAUUCCACAGACCAUUUACCAUAUUGAAGAUGUUUUUGGGCAAACCGAAAUGGAUAAUGAGUCUAAUUCAGCACCGAGUCCGAGUGCUUUUGGUGCAAUGGCUAGUUUUCUAGUUCCCAAGCUGACAGUUGGGCUCUCAAGCAGUUCCACGCAUGAUAGGUCAUCUCUGUCCUUGGAUCAGUCCAAAGCAUUAUGGAAGGAAAGGCAUGCGGUGCGGCCUCCGGUUCAACAUAAUUGGUCUCUUCCUGGACACAACAAUGAUGCUAAAACCCCACAGAUAUUUCAGCAUGAGUUACUGCAGAAUUUCUCAAUUAAUGUGUUUUGCAAGGUAUGACUGGACCUAAUAUUAUGUUGAACUCAUGUCACAUAAUUACCUAUUUGGAUUUUGUCAUUGUCAUUGUUAUAUUUCCUUUUCCAUAUAAUUAUUACUUAGUAGAGUCUACAAUAUUUCUCCUGGAACCAUUUCUAGCUUCUUAACUGAUCACACUAUAAAUGACCAUAUAUUGAAUGGUAAAUGAAAGAAAGUUAACCUUUGUCAAGCCAUGAACAGAUAAUUGUAUGCCUCAGGUAACAUUUAGCUAAAGAAACUCAACUGAAUUGCUAUGUCCACUCUGUUGCGUUGAGAUUUUAUAAUGUCAGUUGGAGCCUGGAGGUUCUUGGUCCCUUCUCCCAUGGUUUCUUGCACUACUUAAACAUGUUAGCAAAUUGAAGUCGAACAGCUUAGAGCAUUUCUUGUUCUGUUAUUUUUAGUAUUCAGCCUUAAAGGAACCU